CUAUUCUAUGGUUUGUUGAUAUAGUUUUAAAUAUGAAUUAAAAAAUUUAUCUUUAUACUGGAGAGCUUUAAAAAAGAAAGGAAAUAGCUGUUUAUUAUCUUAAAAAAAAAGCAUUUUAUGAUUUUGUUCCUCUCAUGGUAAUAUUUGUCCCUUUUUAUUAUCAAAUAAGCUAGCUUUAUUAAAUCCUUUAAUUCCUAAAAAUUCGAAAUCUGUCUUUAGAAAUUUUUGAAAUACAAUUUCAGCUCUGUGUUAAAGUUAAAAAGUAUUAUUUAGUUUAGCUAAUUAAUCUCAUUAUAAAACUGUUUUUACUAGCUCAUUUUGUAUCUUCUCUUUGGUAUUUACUUGGAUAAGUAGAGAUAAAAUAUUUUGAAUAAGAAUAUACUUGGUACGAAGAUAGUAUCGGAUAAGAUGGAACUUGGUGGAAGCUAUACCUUGCAUCUAUGUACUGGACUUUAACUUUAAUGGCAACAGGUUCUAAUGAAAGCAAAACAGUAUUGUAAACAUUUUUUACUACAUUUACAAUGCUCUUCACAAACAUAGCAUUUGCAUAUAUUUUGAGUGUAAUUGGAAUAAUUCUUUCUGAAAUGGAGUAAGGGGAGGAAGAUAAGAGAAAAGAUGUAAGUAUCAUUAAUAAAUACAUGAGAAAAAGGUAUAUUUCGAAUAAUUUAUAAGCUAGAGUAAACUUAGAUUUGGAGAACUAUUACUAAACAAACUUUAAAUAAGAAUAAAUUUAAAAUUUAGGAGUGCUUGAAAAGAUAUCUGCUGAUUUAAAAGAAUCUCUUAUCAAAGAAUACAAUAAAAAAAUAUUAAAUAAAAUACCAUUUCUAAAUAGUAUUUUUAGUGAUAAAAUUAUAGAAUAAGCUUCCUUUGUCUUAGAUGAAAAAUACAUUUUUCCCAAUUAAGAAAUAAAAUUAGAGAAUGAUCAGAAUGAUUUUUUCUUAAUUUAUGUGAUAUAAGGAUAAAUUGAAAGCUAUUAUAAUUUAUGCCAAGACAAAACUAAUUCAAUCUAAAAAUAUAAGUAAGGAGAUAUAAUUGGUUAGUAUAGUUUUUUUACUGGAACUUAAAUUGAAUAGUAAUUCAAAUCGACUGAAUUUACAAAAAUUAUGAUAUUAAGUAGAAAUAGCUUUAUAGAAAUAGUAAAAAAAUAAGACCAAGAAUUUGAGAAAUUUAGUGAAAUAAAAGAUCGACUUCUUUUGUAUAGUUAAUAUAAAGUUGUAAACUUGAAAUGUGAUAUCUGCAAACAAUCUUCUCACUUUAUAUAAUUUUGCCCAUUUAUUUCAAUAAACAGAGAAUAAUUUAAUAGAAAAAGAUUCAUUUACGGUAAUUCUUUAUGCAUAUAAAAAUAUGUAAAAUAAUUUGCUUAAGAUCUAAUAAAAUCUAUGAAACAUCAUGAUAAAUUAAUAGAAGAUUCUAUAUUAAGUUAAAUGACAUUAAUAGAAGAAGAUACUUUAGCAUCCUAAAAUGAAAAUAUUUAAGAAUAACCUUCAAAAGAAAAUUAAUCGUAAUUAGAAAACUAAAGCAUUUGUUUGAUUGAAACAAAUCCUAAAUUAAGAACAAUUAUUACUAAUAAUAAUGUCUUAAAGAAUGAAAAUAAAAUACUUUCAUAAAAAGUCAAUUCAGAAGAUGAAGAAUCUUCUUAGAUAGAUGUAAAAUCUUUAUAAAAAAAUGAUUCUUUAGCUAAUGAAAAAAGUUUAUUAUCAUUUAUUGAUCCUAUUAUUAGUAUUAAAUCUGGCUAAGAUAUUUUAUAAAAUAAAUCAAGGAAAGAAAGUUUAGAAAGAGAUAUAAUUUUAACGAGAUAAAAAAAAGAGAGUAAUGAUUUUUUUAUUUAUAAAGCUGAAUAAAGUUUGAGUUAAAUUGAAGAAAAAAAUGAUAAAUCAUUAUAAUUUAAAACAAAAAUUAACUAAAAAUUAUAAAGGAAUUCUAUAAACAAUAUCAAAUAAACAGAAAUUAUUGGAAGCAUUCAAACUGAUAUGUAAAACAUAAAAUCUCUUUAAUAACAAAAUUCAAAUCUAAGAUAAUUAAUUGAGAGUUUGAUUAAAAAUUAAAAUACUCAGUAUAAGUAUAACUCUUUCCAAAAUUACAAAACUAUAAAUUCAACUUAAUAUUUAUUAUAAAGAGAGUUAGUAAAUGAAUACAACCCUUUCUAUUUUGAAUCUCUUAAAGAUUACUAAUUUUAUUUUCCUGAAUCAAACUCUAAGAUUCUAAUACCAAAAUAUUAAAAAGAUUAAAAAAAGAAAUUAAAGCCUAUUAAAAAAUAAUAUAAAAUGCAUGAUAACUAAAGUAAUUUCAUUAAAUAUCAUCAAACUAUUAGUGCAAAGAAAGUUUAGGAUCGAUAUAUUUGUGAAGAGGAAUCAGUUUGGAGUGAUCCAGACAUAUCAAAUAAAUUUAAUGCAAAAUAAGUAGAUAUCUAAAAUGUUUAUUAGCUUCAUAAUGAGAGCGAACUAAAAUAAUAUACAAGCAUAAAUAAGCAAAUUUAAGAAAUGAAGGAUAAAUAAGGGCAUUUAGAUAAAUAAUAUGAAAAAUAGUAAACAAUUAAUAGGUUAAAAACUUUAAGCGUACAAAGAAAGUAAUAAGCAAGCAUUAAUAAUUCUACAUUCUAAUAAGGGUUGAAUUAAAAUUCCUUUUUAAGUAAAAAUGAAUAGUAAGCUGUAGUUGAAGAUGACGACAAUUACAUGCUUAAUGGAACAAUAAAAAUUUAUUAAAUAUAAGGACCUCUUACUUUACUAUCUAAAUAGUUUAUUUCUACUAUUUGGGUUGUUGAAAUUGUGUUAAAUACAAACUAAAAGGUUUAUCUUUUUUCUGAAGAACUUUAAGAUAGAAAAGAAAUAACUCUAUUUUAUCUUAAGAAAAAAGCUCUUUAUGAUUUUAUACCUCUACUGAUAAUAUUUAUUUCUUUUUAGUUUGAACUUUGUAUGAAAGUUAAAAAAUAUUAUUUGGUUUAGCUUUUUAACCUUAUCCUAAAAUUGUUUUUAUUGGCUCAUGUUAUAUCAUCUCUAUGGUAUUUAUUAGGAUAAAUAGAAUUAAAUUAUCUUCAAGAAGAAUCUACUUGGUAUGAUGGUAGUAUUGGAUAAGAUGGAACUUGGUGGAAGUUAUAUCUUGCAUCUAUGUACUGGACUUUAACUUUAAUGGCAACAGGUUCUAAUGAAAGUAAAACGGUUCUAUAAACGUUUUUUACUACAUUUACAAUGCUCUUCACAAAUAUAGCUUUUGCAUACAUUUUGAAUGUAAUUGGAAUUAUCCUAACUGAAAUGGAAUAAGGGGAAUAAGAUAAGAGAAAAAAUGUAAGUAUCAUCAAUGAAUAUAUGAGGAAAAGACAUAUUUCAAAUAAUUUAAAAGCAAGAGUUAACUUGGAUUUGGAGCAUUAUUAUUAAAAAAAUUUUAAGCAAGAAUAAAUUUAAAAUAUGGAAGUGCUUGAUAAGGUCUCUGCAGAUCUAAAAGAGUCUCUUAUCCUGGAAUAUAAUAAAAAGAUUCUACAUAAAAUUUAGUUUCUAGAUAGUGUUUUUAGUUCUAAAAUAAUAGAAUAAGCCUCACUAAUUUUGAAGGAAUAAUACUUUUUUCCAAAUUAAAUUAUCAAUUUAGAAAAAGAUUAGCAUGAUUUCUUCUUAAUUUAUGUUUUAGAAGGAAAAAUUGAAAGCUAUAUUAAUGGAAGUUAAGAAAGCAAAAAUCAAAAUGUAAUUUAAAAAUUUAAGAAAGGAGAUACUGUAGGGUAAUACAGCUUUUUUACAGGAAUUUAAAGCAAUCAAUAUUUGAAAUCUACAGAUUUCACAAAGCUGAUGAUUUUAAGUAGAAAUAGUCUUUUGGAGAUUAUACAAAAACAUGAAAAAGAAUUUUAAAAAUUUAAUGAAAUCAAAGAUAAACUUCUUCUUUAUAAUUAACAUAAAAUUAUAAAUUUGGAAUGUAAUAUCUGUAAACAAUCUUCUCACUUUACAAUAUUUUGUCCUAAUAUUUGUAUGAAUAAGAAACCAAUUUAUCAAUAAAUUUAGUUUUCUGAAAAAUAAAAUCAAGAGAGAAAUGAAUUUUAAAGAAAGACACUAUUUAGAGGAAAUUCAUUAAUUUUUUAGAAGUAAAUAAAACAGAUUACCAAAGAUUUUAUUAAACAAAUGAUAUAGAACGAUAAUUUUUUUGAAGGUUCUAACUUAAAUUAACUAACUUCCUAAGAAGAAACUUAAACGACAUAAAAUGAAGAUAUAGAACAAAAUCACUCCCCUAAUGCCAACUAAUAAAUUUAUGAAGACCAUACUAACUUUUUUAAUGAGACAAAUUCUAAAUUAAAAAGCAUAGUUUACACCAACAAUAAUCCAUACUAAAAAAAUGAAAGCAGAGCCCAUCAAAGGUUUAAUUCAGAUUAUUUGGAAGACGAAUAAAAUUUUCAAGUUGAAACAAGAACUUAAUAAAAAAAUGAUUAAUAAACAAUCGAUAGAUCUGAAAAACAGUAAAAUGAAUACUCUUCAGAUAUGAAAUCUCAAAUAGAUAGAUUUUAAAGGAAUCCAAGUAUAGAAAAAGAUAUGAUUUCAUCUAAAUAAAAAAAAGAGUGUAAUGAUGAUAAUUUUAUUAUAAAAAGUGACUAAUAUUAAGGCUAAAUUGAUGAAAUAGAUAAAUCACUAAAAUUUAUUAAAAAAAAUGCAUUUAAAUCCAUGAAUACUUCUAAGAAUAGUCUAGUAUAAUUAGAGCCUCAUGGCAAUAGUCUUAAAGAUAUUCAAAAUUAAUAAUAAUUAUCAAAACUUAAUACUUUUUAUAGAGAAUUAAUUGAUUUAAUAAUUUAGCAGUAAAAAAUUUCAUUUAGGACUUCAACAACAAAUUAAAACCAAAAGACUAACAAUUCAGUACGAGAUUUAUAAAUAGAUCAAUAAAACCCUUUUUUGUUAGACUGUUUAAAAGAUUAUUAAUAUUAUUUUCCUGAAGGAAAUUCGAAAAUAGUUAUACCUAGAUUCUAAAAAGCAUAACUAAAAAAAACAAAAGCUUUUAAAAAAUAAAUGAAAAGCUUUAAAGCAAAUUCAAAUUAAACUUUUUCUCAUUGA